AUGCUUUACCCUGCGCGUGUGCGCGCCUUUAAUUCACCUCAGUGGCCGACUGACUGGCCAAAUUGUGGCAAGGUGCGUUUUAACAAUUCCGACAACAACAAUAACAACAACAUCAAACUCAAAAUCAGCACAUCAGCAACAGUUGCAAUCGACACUCAGCAAGUCUCGGCUGCCGACGCGUCCCAGCAAUUGGCACGUGGUGCUGGUUAUAGUAAUGGUCCUGGCAAUGGUAAAGCUAAUCGUAAUAGUUAUGGUAAAAGCAUUGGUAAGAGUAAUGGUAAUUAUAAUGGUAAAAGUAUUGAUAAUGGUAAUGAAAAUAGUAAAGAUAUUGGUAAUGCUAACAAUAAAGGUAAAAAUAUUUGUAAUGGUAAUGGUAAAAGUUUUGGUGAAGGUGGUGGCCUAGGUAAAGGUAUUGGAACUACGACGCCUCCACGCAGUUGCGAGUGCUUCUGCAGCAGCGGCCCAUACAAUACCACUUUACUUGCAGUGACGAUAUGGAAGAGUCAACAAAGGCGAAUGGCGCCUGCCGACAUGAAUAGCCAACGAAAUCAUGUAAUUAUGUUGCCUUUUGUCAAGUUGGACAACGCAAUGCAACCCAACCAACAGAAGAAGCAGCAGCAGCAGUAA